ACCAUGGCAGCACAAAAGUUGCAACAAGAACUCAUGGAACUGAUAUUUGAGAGCUUAGGACUAUAUCAUCUUAACUACUUACAUGAAGACAUAACAGAAGUCUCCCAGGUCAUGGCUGUUACUUGCUAUCCAACAUGACCUGAGCCAGAUCGUACACUAGGAUUGCCACCACAUACAGAUAAUUAUGGUAUGGUAUCCAUCAUUCUACAAAAUCAUCAGGCCUUGCAAAUCAUGGACUGAGGUGAAAAGUGGCAUUCAGUUCCACUCAUUAAAGGAGCUCUCGUUUUUCUGCUGGGAGAUCACAUGGAAGUAUUGAGCAAUGGGAUAUACAAAAGCGUUCUCCACCGAGCAACAGUUCACACACAAAAAAAGCGCAUUUCGAUUGCCAGCCUUCAUAGUCUAGCUUUAGGUAAAAAAGUUAAACCUGCAUCAAAGCUUGUCAAUCAACAUAUCUUGUCCAACAAAGAAGGAAGCUUCGGUGAUUUCCUUGACUUCAUUUCUGCAGAAGAUAUCAAGGACGCAAAUUACAUGGACAAAUUAAAAAUGAACUCAUGAAGAUUAUGGUAAAUGAGACAGCUAAUCAGAGCAUACCCUCAAAACUCUAAUCUGCACAACCUGUGAAUUUGCACUUUUUAAAUACACAACUAUAUAACUAGUAGUAGUUGUUUUCUUAUAACACACUCUAAUAUCAAUUGUGAGAGUCCCUUCAUUCUUCAUGUACAAGACCUCACUCUGACAUCAAUUUUGGAACUAAGUUUACCAGACAAUUUAUGUUUAAGUAAGGUUCUCAUUUUGUCCAAAUAUGAUUUAUGGAACAGUAAUUUGUCAAGAACAUACAAAUGAACCAUCAGGAUCUUCAUUCAGCCAAUGCUUUACCUCAGUUGGCUAAUACCAGACAUCAGUACAUAGAUGUUACAAAUUGGAAAUUUUAAAUAUUUUUUCAAAUAGCAGAAAAUUCAAUACGUUCACCACAAUGCAAUCACCUUCCAACAAUAUUUGUUACGUGUGCUUCAAACUCAAGUUUAAUAAAACUUUUCUUUUGUUCUCUUUUUUAGGAGGAUCAACAAUAUUCCUACUUACCCUCCACCGUGACUCGAACCAACAACCUAUCGGUCAAUGGUGGAUGUACUCAACCACUUGAGCAAGCUCAAAUCAGGGUGAUAUUCUAGCUAAAUUUCAGAGGUCCAAGCUAUCUUUGACUAGCACUAUCCACUUGUCAUUUCCAAACUCCUUUCUACUAAUUUGUCAUCAGGACAAAUACAUCUGCAAUUUCUUAAAACUAAAUUAUUUCUUUUUACAUAUGUUUCUUUCUACACUUGGUCAAAUAAAUGAUGCAGCCACCACCUUUGCUAAUCAAGUUGAUCUCUCAAUUUCACAUCAUAAAGGGAUAAUCUCCUUUACCAUCAUAAGCGGCUGCUAAUGCUACUGGUCUAAAUGACUGCAGUAUCUUCAUCUUAUUUGUUUUGGGUUCUUAAAACUUAGCUUAUGCUGCAGUAACUUAGUUUUGAUUUUUCGAUUUCGAUUUCAAAUUUUAGAAAUUUAAUUAAAUGAUUUGA